UUCCACGUAAGCGUUUUGUUGCUUUCUCUCUUGAGACCAUACAUUAUUUUCAUACACCUUUGGGAGUCUGAAAGGAUGAUAAUUGGUCCCUGGUCAUGAAAUGAAACCUAAUCUGUCUCUCAUUCACUCUCUAUUCCAUGAUGCAAGCUCUGCACUCCUCAUCUUUCGACAACUUUUACAGUCUAGUGCCAACCCCAACCAUCUUACCUUUUCUUUACUCAUCAAAGCGUGCCUUUCUUCCUCUUCUUCUUUCUCGCGUGGAUCACCCACUGCCUGGCUACAAGUAAACCAGAUUCAAACCCAGUUGUUGAAACGGGGCAUUGACCAAUUUCUAUAUGUAAACACCGCUCUCAUUGACUUCUACAUGAAACUUGGCUUCACUACCCAUGCACGCCAACUGUUCGAAGAUUUGCCUUCUGCAGAUGUUGUUUCAUGGAAUGUAUUGAUUUGUGGAUAUUCACAACAUGGGCAUCCUCAUGACGCCCUUCAACUCUUUGUCCACAUGCUAAGAGAGAGUUUCAGACCUAACCAAACAACUAUUGCUAGUUUGUUACCAUCUUGUGGUCGCCGUGAACUUUUCCUUCAAGGUAGAUCCGUUCACGCAUUUGGAAUCAAAGCUGGUCUGGGUUUGGAUCCUCAGUUGAGUAAUGCACUUACCUCAAUGUAUGCUAAAUGUGAUGACUUGGAAGCAUCCCAACUCUUGUUUCAAGAAAUGGGUGAGAAAAAUGUUAUCUCUUGGAAUACCAUGAUUGGUGCCUAUGGCCAAAAUGGUUUCGAGGACAAGGCAGUUUUGUGCUUUAAAGAGAUGCUGAAGGAAGGUUGGCAACCCAGUCCAGUGACAAUGAUGAACCUUAUGUCAGCUAAUGCAGUUCCGGAAACUGUCCAUUGCUAUAUUAUCAAAUGUGGCUUCACCGGUGAUGCAUCUGUUGUUACCUCACUAGUUUGUCUAUAUGCAAAGCAAGGGUUCACUGAUAUGGCAAAAUUGCUUUACGAAUGUUAUCCCACCAAAGACCUGAUUUCGUUAACUGGGAUAAUCUCUAGCUAUUCUGAAAAGGGCGAGGUAGAAUCUGCGGUUGAGUGUUUUAUCCAAACUCUGAAGUUAGACAUAAAACCAGAUGCAGUUGCCUUGAUUAGUGUCCUUCAUGGAAUUAGUGAUCCUUCUCAUUUUGCUAUUGGAUGUGCUUUCCAUGGUUAUGGGUUGAAGAAUGGGCUGACUAAUGAUUGCUUAGUUGCAAAUGGGCUAAUAAGCUUUUAUUCAAGAUUUGAUGAGAUAUUAGCUGCUUUGUCUUUGUUUUUUGACAGGAGUGAAAAACCGUUGAUCACUUGGAAUUCUAUGAUAUCUGGCUGCGUUCAGGCUGGAAAAUCAAGUGAUGCCAUGGAGUUGUUCUGCCAAAUGAACAUGUGUGGACAAAAACCAGAUGCAAUUACUAUCGCUAGUCUACUAUCAGGGUGUUGCCAGCUUGGGUACUUGCGGAUUGGAGAGACACUGCAUGGCUAUAUCCUUAGAAACAAUGUGAAAGUUGAAGAUUUUACAGGAACUGCUCUAAUAGAUAUGUAUACUAAGUGUGGAAGAUUAGAUUAUGCUGAAAAGAUAUUUUAUAGCAUCAAUGAUCCAUGUUUGGUAACAUGGAACUCCAUCAUAUCGGGUUACAGUUUAUAUGGACUUGAACACAAAGCUUUCGGUUGUUUUUCUAAACUGCAAGAACAAGGGCUAGAACCUGAUAAAAUCACUUUCUUGGGAGUUUUAGCAGCAUGCACUCAUGGAGGACUUGUCUACGCAGGAAUGGAAUACUUUCGUAUCAUGAGAAAAGAGUAUGGUUUGAUGCCAACUUUGCAGCAUUAUGCUUGCAUUGUUGGCCUCUUGGGUCGGGCAGGGUUGUUCAAGGAAGCAAUUGAAAUUAUUAACAACAUGGAAAUUCGGCCUGAUUCUGCUGUAUGGGGGGCACUGUUAAGUGCUUGUUGGAUUCAACAGGAAGUAAAGCUUGGGGAAUGCUUGGCCAAAAAUUUGUUUUUAUUGAAUUACAAAAACGGGGGAUUUUAUGUAUCAUUGUCAAAUCUUUAUGCGAUUGUUGGGAGGUGGGAUGACGUAGCAAGGGUGAGGGAUAUGAUGAGAGACAGUGGAGGAGAUGGAUCUUCAGGUGUUAGUGUUAUUGAAGUGACACCCCUCAGAGACAUCAAUAACAACUUGUGCCCGAGUGAGGUCUAUUUGAAUACAAGCACUUGGCAGCAUUUGUGUCUAUGUUGACUUCAUAGUACAAUAACUACCAUUUUUUCGCUGCA